AUGAAGUCGCUCCUUGUUAUAGCAGCCGCCCUGGUCACUUGUGGGCCGGCACUCUGCAGCGCUAAAAGCAUCAUGGACUACUUACGCACAGACGACCGCCUGUACGAAGCUCGCUUAAUUGCAGAAGAUGCUGGUAUAAUCAACGACAUUGACCCCAGCCGUUUCGGAACCCAACUAACACUUAUCCUGCCGUCCAAUGAGGCAUUCGACCAGCUGAACGUUGAUCAUCCCAAAUGGCGCCAAGCGCUCGUGAGCAACAAGAACAACGUAGAAACGCUCAUACUGUUUGCCGCGAGCGACAUGCUGGUCACACCAUCCUCGAUACGAAGUGGCAAGUGGGCGGCUGAAGGCUCCAUCGUUUCGCUCCUAUCCGAAACUGCGAACAUCGCUACCGACGGCUAUGUAUGCGUCAGCGACUACACAAGGACUGCGAGCUGCGAAGACCCAAACAGCCUGCCCUGCUGCGCUAUGAUCGACAUGGACAACGUUAUAAAGGCCGAUGACGGCUAUAUAUACAUUAUUGAUGCGGUCAUGAUGCCCCAGGAGAUAGUUGAUAAAAUGCCAUAG